AUGAAGAUUUUAAUAACAGGAACACCAGGAGCUGGAAAAACAACUUUAUCUAAAGAGAUACACGAAUUAUACAAAAUUCCUUACAUAGAAGUUAGUAACUACAUUAUACAAAAUAAUUUAUACAAAGGCAAAUCAAAAAAAUUUGAUUCAUCGCUAUUCGAUGAUAAUGUAGUUAGGGAACACUUUAAGAACUAUUUGAAAGAUAAAAAUAGUUUUAUUAUUGAUACACAUUCUCCUUCGGUUUUUGAUUUUAUCAAUUUUGAUUUGUCGUAUGUUCUUAAAGUCUCUACCGAUGUGUUAUAUACAAGGUUAAGGCAAAGAGGGUACAAAAACAGUAAAAUUAAAGAAAACAUUUCCUGUGAAAUCUUUGAGGUUAUUGAAGAUGAUUUAAAUGGCAUGAAAAUACCAUUUUACCUUGUUGGAGAUGAGGAAGGGUAUUUAACCAAAGAUGAUGUAAUAAGUCAAAUAGGAAAAAAUAUUCUAAAUAAACAUAUUUAA